AUGGGUAUCCGGGGGUAUCACCCCGAUCACUUUGCAAGAGUUACAAAAAUGGUGUCCCAAAGGCCAGUGGUAAUAUUCAGUAAAACCAGUUGCUGCAUAAGCAAUACAAUGAAGUCUCUCUUGCAGUAUUUCGGAGUGAGUCCAGUUGUUUACGAGCUAAAUGAGAUCCCUAGAGGCCACAAAAUCGAGGCCGCAUUAGCCAGUCUUGGGCACAACACAACCUGGUGGGUGCCCGCCGUGUUCAUAGAUGGUGAACCUGUAGGAGGAGCCAAUGAGGUGAUGAGCCUUCACCUCCAGCAGAACUUAAGGCCUAUGCUUAACCGAGGCGGAGCUAUGUAG